AUGGGAAUCUACGAAGGCGUCACUAUCGGAGAUGGCCAAGAUUGCAGUAACAUCAUUAAGACGCAGUGGUUAUGCAAUACUGGUAUCUUCCUCCACGGCGCCGCCGCGUUGUACAAUCUUACAGAGAGCGACACAUGGAAAAAGCGCGUAGGUGGUAUGACGAGCGACGUCUGGAAUAAGGUUGUCAAGAACUACAUCAUCAACGAGCAGUUCUGCGAGGAGCAUAAGCAGUGCAACCAGGAGCAACGGAGCUUCAAAAGAUACCUCGCCCACUGGAUGGCCGCUACUUCUCAGGUCGCCCCGUACACCAACACGAAUAUCACAACACUCCUCAAAUCGAGCGUCCAAGCCGCUGCCAAGAUAAACGCCGCAUCUAUCCUCAUGUAUACUCUGUUGGAUAAGGCCAAGGCGCCUGUUACAUCCAAGACUGGAGGAAUUUUCAAGGGCAAUCAUGGUGGUAGGGAUACCAACUCGGGCCAGGAGGACGGAAAGCUCAAAUAUAAGACCAUCACAAUAGCAGAAAAAGCGGGCGCUGGCAUCUUGACACUUCUUAUUGCCACGGGUUUUGUUGGAGGUACCGCUUUCUUGGUUAUGGAACGCUGUGGCAUGGAUGCCUCUCAGUCAUGUAUUCUUAGUGCCAUUAACUAA